AGCAGUAGCUCAUCUGGGACCGCCAGCUCAAUAAACCUGAGUUCUCCAACCCUCCAAGCUGGUGCUUGGGUUCUUGACGGUCCAGAUCCUGCAGUAUUUUUGGAGGCCUCAGUGAGAUUCCAACCACACUGGCCCCUUGAGCUGCCAGACUGGUGGCUCAACCAGGCCAGAGCAGAGGAACUCUGAGACGACUGAAGCAGCGUGCCACCUGACAGGUGUUCUGACUUUCCAGACAGCUGAACCCUGACCAGACUCAUUGGAGAAGUGGACCAACUAGCCAGGUAUGGCUACAGAAAAAGGUACCUGAAUCCGGCCCAAGAUCUUCAGCCCUGCUCCAGUCACUCCAGGGCUGGCUGGUCCACGCACGGCAGAAGCUUGAGGAAUUCAGCGAGGGACAUCUGAGAAUCAGGGUUACGAUGGCACCCUGCCAAGUGGGGACUGGUUGCACCACUGGCCUUGAUGCUUUCUGUGGGUCAAAUACGAGGGGUCACUUUGGCUAUAAUCUACCCAAAAAUAAUGGGUUUAUUAAGUGCACUCUAAUGUUUAGUGUAAUAGCAUUUUCUAUCCUGCUGAGCUGUAGUGCAUUAAAAAGCAAAAUAGACCCCUCAUGUACUCCAUGCAUACACAUGACUAAAUCAGGUCAGGGGGUCACUUGGACCUUGCUUUACCAUACUCACUUCUCCUGUCAAGGAGAGGUCCAAGGAACCUGUGUACAUAAUAAAACAACCUAUUUUAUUUGUCGACAAAAUGACAAACAAAGUUGUUUUGACCCCCUGCCCCCCAUCAGUGAAGAUUGGUUAGAGGUUAGGCACCAAGAAGGAGGGAUUCUGAUCAACCAGACACGAAUUGAAAAUGAAGACCUUCCAGUAUCAGUAUACUUUGACGCGUGUGCUGCUAUUGGCAAGAACCCCAAGGGUGUUACAAAUUGUGGGAGUUUAUCAUGGGAGCAAACAUACACAAACAAUGACAAAUAUAUGUGUCAGUUAGCAUCUCCCCGCUCCUACUGCUAUGGCGACCCCUGGUUUUACUGCCCUUACUGGAGCUGUGUCACGUGGGCAACCUGGGAAUAUAAAAGCAAGAUAGCUCGACUUCAAAAGGGAACUGCUAGCCCCAAUUGUAAACUAGGGACAUGUAAUCCUGUCAAUUUCACGAUCUUCAAUCCCGGAGAUUUAAAAUGGAAAACUGGCGUCAAAAUCGGUAUUUAUAUCUAUGGGACAGGUGCUGACCCAGGAACUGUGUUAGAGUUCCGCCAUAUUUCUGUUCUACUCCAGAGUUCUUUACACAAGGUCUUCUAUUCUUUUCAUGAAGAGACAGAAAGUGGUCCCCCCUACAAUUCCAGUCAAAACUAAAAAUCUGUUCUUAGCUCUAGCAGACACCAUAGCCCAGACAUUAAUGGUUUCUUCUUGCUGUGUAACCUUUCUUGCUAUGUGUGUGGAGGGGAAUUAAUAUAGGAGUACAAUGGGCCUAGGAAGCCAAAGAAUUAGAUCCCCAAAGACCCUUCAACAGCUCAGGGAAUUCAAGAAAACCAGGGUCAGAAUUUGGUAUUGAAAGACUUCCAUAAUUGGCAAGAACUGCCUGGCACAGUGGGGUCCAUUAUUCAAUGUUCCGGUAGGAAACCUCUCUUGUCUUGGCCAAAAAAUAUUACAGCACAACUACUCACACUUCUGAUUGGUGGGGAAGCCCAAACUAUACGGAGCCUAAUCCUCACCCUCUAGCAAGCUUCCCUGAUUUAAAGACCAGCUGGGAUGACUUGUCCACUGAAGGCCGUUGGUCUGCUCCAGAAGGAUUUUAUUGGAUUUGUGGGGCUAACACGUAUUCAGUUUUGCCAGCCAACUGGUCAGGGGCAUGGAUAUUGGGGACUGUCCAUCCCUCCUUUUUCCUACUUCCCCUACCCCAAGGUGAAUCACUGGGAGUCCCAGUUUAUAAAGGCAGAGGCCUCCCCAAAAAGUACAGGUCUCUACAGAUUGGAAACUGGAAAGAUGACGAAUGGCCUCCUGAAUGCAUAAUCCAAUACUGCAGGCCAGCCAUUUGGGCAGAAGAUGGGUUCUGGGGCUACCAAACCCCAAUUUACGUGGUUAACAGAAUCAUCUGAUUCUAGGCAGUGGUUGAGAUCAUUACUAAUGAAACGGCCAAGGCUCUUAAUUUAUUGGCAGAACAACAAACCAAGAUGCAUAAAGCUAUCUAUCAGAAUCACCUGCCCUUAAUUACUUACUGGCUGCAGAGGGGGUGUCUGUGGGAAGUUCAAUCUUAGCAACUGUUGUCUACAGAUAGAUGAUAAAGGCAAGGUUGUAGAAGAAAUAACCAGUGAAAUUACUAAAAUAUUUCUUGUCCCAGUCCAAACUUGGAAGGGGUGGAAUCCCAGAGAGCUAUUUCAGGGAUGGUUUUCUUAUCUAAGAGGAUUCAAAACUCCAACGGGGGUAGUCCCAAGGAGGACCUUGGGACCUGCGUCCUCUUACCUUGCCCCUUGCCAUUAUUCAUGAGGAUGGUUUCCAGCCUAGCUGAAGCCACUGCAGACAGGAGGGCUACCACACACCUCCUAGCCCUGAGAGGUUAUCAGCUCCUGGGCCAAGAAGAUCAAGCAGUUGAUGCCUUAUAAGAUUUAAGGGGCAUCAAGAGGGGGUCCAGUAGAGGAAAAUUGAAAACUUACCCUCAGCUAGAAAUAACUUCAUGCUCAUUCUGCUUCUGUAAGAUAUGCUUACUGUGCCAAGAUAGGAACAAGAUGACCUAGCAAUCAACUGUAACCAUAAGAUGUUUUGAUAAGAAUGGAAUGUUCUGUUCCUGCUUCUAUGAGUUUCUGUUUGCAAAUUCCCUACAUGUAACCCAUAGCAACUCCCACACUCUGUAACUGCCCAAAGCCCAUAGCAUCCAGGUAACCAAUCAACCAGUGCCAACUGUUCUUGUGUGUACUGACCCUAUAAGAGUAAGGCUCACCCUGAACUCGGGGCCCCAGAACUUCAGAGCAUUAGCUCAUCUGGGACCACAGGCUCAAUAAACCUGAGUUCUCCAA